AUGCAGGUUAAGAAUAAGGGAGCCAUUGAUUUUGGCGAUUUUGUUAGAUCACUCAGUGUCUUCCACCCUAAAGCAUCACAAGAAGACAAGAUAGACUUUUCAUUUAGGCUUUAUGAUAUGCAGAAUACUGGUUUUAUUGAGCGCCAAGAGGUCAAGCAAAUGUUAAUUGCUCUUCUUUCAGAAUCUGAAAUGAAGUUGGCCGAUGAUGCAUUAGAAAAAAUACUUGAUAAGACUUUCUUGGAUGCUGAUACAAAUCAAGAUGGGAAAAUAGACAAGUCCGAGUGGGAAAACUUGGUUGCCAAGAAUCCAUCGCUACUAAAAGUCAUGACCCUACCCUACCUGAGGGACAUAACAACCACCUUCCCAAGCUUUGUUUUUAAUUCCAAGGUGGACGAAAUCACAAAGUGAGAAGUUAUCUAUUUAGUUUUUGCAGUUAGGAGCUAUAGGUGUAGUUUUGUUUCCCGCGAGAAAUUUAAGGUCACUGCAUAUAUGGUCUAGUGAUAAAUAUGUAAAGUAUUAUUCAGAGGAGUUCCAUUGAAAUCCCUCUUCCGUCGUGUGCCGGAUUUAUUUUGAAGAGGGAUAAAGUAUUUUGCCUUGCCUCGUUUAUUGUGUUUGUAUAGUUUGGGGUAACUGGCUAAUUGAUGUUUCCUAUAGGAAAAAUUGCUAACCAUUUUCAAAGAGUGCAUAAAUAAGAAUAGAGGCGUACUUUACUUUGUCCUGAAA